AUGGCGCAGACGUCCAUGACGCGUGAGGCGUGUGCCACGCUCUGCUACACCUUCAACUUUUUCACUCAAGCGCCGUUGAGUAUGGCUACCAAUGCUGCUUCUGCGAACACCCAAGCUGAAUUCCACCGCGCAGUCUCGGCGCCUUCCUCCGACUGCAACGAGCCAUGCACGGGGGUGUCAACCGAGAUGUGCAGAGCAGCCAAUCGCAUGAACAUCAAUCCGGGCAAACUGUUCCGGCAAACCCGUUCCCGCAGUUGCCGUUCUUGCAACACGAGUCUGUCCAUCGGUGCCCGCCUCGACGACCUCAUUGGACGCCUCAGUCUUCAGGAGAAGGCCGGUCUCAUUGGCCCUGAUCCCGUCACCAGCCCAUGCGCCUUCCUCGACUAUGGCAUCAAGAGGCUCGCCAUCCCGCCGUAUCUGCAUCUGGUGGAGACGAACACGGCCGUUGCCUCUGCGUGCAUCAUCAGCCAGGACAAGUGUGCCACCACGUUCAUUGAGCCCCAAAGUCUUGGCGCAGCCUUCAACCGAAUGUGUGUCAUAUCCACAGAGAUGCGCGCCUUCAACAAUCUCAGCCGGCACAGGGGUGGCAGCGUCUUGCAGAAGAUCGUACUCAAAAGCACAGACCCCUGCUUGAGCGGCGAGUACGCUGCUGCUUACGUGGCCGGCUGCCAGGACGGCCCAGACAGGAAGUACAAGAAAAUGACAGCAGGUCUCAAGCACGUUAACGCGCACUCGGUCGAGACAACCGCGUGGCAUUCAACGGGAACAUCUCCACCUCUGACCUCUGGGACACCGAGACUGUGGUGCGAUUUGCAAACAUGGUCAACGCCAACACGUACGCCCACGAGUUCCGUCGACGCUGUCGCGAAGACGCUGAACGGCAGCGCGGAUAUGGAGCUCGGAGAGACAUACUUCACCACAAACGGCCACUUGGAGCAGGCUGUGAAGCACAACCGCAUGACAAUCAACACGGCGCACAACACCACAUCGUUGAGUGCACGGCCUGCGGACCCAACCCUCCCUCCAGUAACGGCCGCUGCAUCAGCGAGUGCCCCGACGAUGGCGAGUAUGAGCUCGGCCAACGGGUGUGCCGAGUGCCACUCCACGCGUCAAUCUCACCAGUCGUGCAUUGCCCAUUGCCCUCUCGAUUACUUCUACGCCAAGGACCACCGCUGCGUGCCAUGCACCACGUGCGGCAUGUGCACUUGGGCCUCUACCUCAUGCUCCGCGUCCUUCGACGUCGUCUGCUCUCCCUGGACCGAGUGCAAGCCGGGUCAGAAGGAGUCAGUCUCUGGCAACGCCUACCAGCCGCUGCCGGACCGCGCCUCGUGCUUCCCCACCAGCGUGUGCGAGGAGCCCUUCAUCGAGACCAUCCCGCCCACGCUCACCACGGACCGCCUGUGCUCCUGCGACACGCUCACCUGCAACAAGCUCAUCACGCAACUGUUUGAGGAGAUUGUGUGCGCCGAGCCCACGGACGAGCAGCUCGACGUGGUGCUUGACGUGUGCUGCUCCGGCCAAGGCGAGGAUGGCAUCCGCGACACCAUUCGCCAGAUGGACGCCUACGAGGCACGCCGCUCCUGCCCAGGCUGCACAGACACGUGCGAGUGCAGCGCUGGCUUCAUCCUUGUCUACGACGCCGAUUCGGCCGACUGUCGGCCGUGCGACAGCGUGACGGAGUUCUCCCCAUCCAUUGGCGGCAGCAAGUGCGAGCCCAUUGAGGAGUGUGAGCGCGGCCAGGAGGAGGUCUCCGCGCCAACCUGCUGUUCCUUGGACCGCGUCGACGGCUCCACGGGUUGCCAGAUGUGCCCCGCCGGCCACUACACGGAGGCGGGCUGCCACGGCUCCUGUUCCAGCUUCACCUGCCGCGCAGGCACCCACCACCACCACGACAGCGACCCCACCACCACGUGCAUGGACGUCACAGAGUGCGCAUCCGGGCAUGAAGAGGUGCAGGCCAUGACGCUCCUCAUCAGCGACCGCGUCUGCGACGAGUGCACAGAGGGCACGCACAAGGCUGUCUCUGGCCAGGGCGUGCCCUGUCUCCCCGUCACCACGUGCGACGCCGGCGAGGAGGAGACAGCCGAGCCCACCCCCACGAGCGACCUGCGUGUGCAGCCAAGUACAUUUCCCCGCAUGGCCGUGAGCAAGUGCGAGUUUGGCACCUUCCAGAGCCAGGUGCCCACGCUCGACUCCAACCGCGAGUGCACGCUGGAGUGCUCCGAGUGCCCCAGCGGCCGCUUCGAGAUUCGCGCCUGCUCCACGCUGGAGAACGUGCAAUCGCAUCUGCCGCGACCUGACCCAGUGCAACCCGUCGACGGAGUACGAGCGCACCGCCUGUGUCACCUCAUCACCAAGUGUGACCCUGGCGAGCAUCGCAUGCGUGCGCCCACCUCCACCUCCGACGCCAAGUGCGAGCCGUGCCCCAUCGGCAGCACCGACCACGACCGCAACCCGCUCACCGCCUGCCAGCCGUGCCCUUGCGGCCACUAUGUGCCUGCGGACUCCAUCGGCUCCUGCGAGCAGUUCCUGUGCCCAGCCGGCACCGCCGACCUGGACCGCCGCAACGCCAGCACACGCCGUGUACGCCGUGCCAGGCUGGCGUGGACUUUGCCUCCCUCUCUGGCCCAGCGCGAUUGCACACCUGUGACGGAGUGCGACCUCGGCUACGAGGAGAUGGUGCGCCCCACCAUCUUCACGGACCGCCAGUACCGCCGCUGCAUCGAGGCCCUGUUCUACCGCGACAGCAACACGGACUUCUCCACGCGCCGGCAUGGACCGCGAGUGCCAGAUGGGCCGCACGUGCCCCAACAACAGCACGUUCAUCUCGUGCCCGCUCACGCCCACGACGCAGAACCACAGGCAUCUGCUCGCCGUGGACGCAGUGCCUGUCUAACAGAGUACGAGCUCGUUGCGCCGUCGCUGGUCAACGACCGCGAGUGCCAGCGCGUGCGCUCGUGCCAGCACACGGAGUACGAGCGACGCAGCUUGAGGUGCUCCCACCGUGCGUGCGUGCCCGCGUACUCUGUCUCGCUCGUCUUUGACGCCAAGUUCAACGCCCUUGCCGACACGCAGUCGCGCCACGAGGCGUUUGAGGCCGCGCUGGGCACCAUUAUUGCCACCGUCGCUUCCAUCAACGAGGACUUUACGGCUCGCCUCUUCAACCGGUCCGUCUCUGGCGACAUUACCGUCAUGGCCUUCACCGCAUCGCCGUGCGAGGCCGACGCGUUCCUGGACGACUCGUCCCUUUGGUUGCACGGGACAGCAACAACAGCCACCAUCAUCGCACACGCUGUGAUCGAGUGCUGUCAGCACAUGCCACCUUCACCUCCCGCAUCAUCAUGCAAACACUGCUGCCACCACCACCACCAACGACAGCAAACUGCUCAAGGCAUUGGAUGCUGUUGGCUCUUGGACUACCACGGCGUUGUUGGGAGAGACGCUAGCAGCAGUGGUGGUGGUGUGGUGGUGGCGCACGCCAUGGCAACAGCAGCGACAGCUGAUGAGGUGGUGAUUGUGUUUGCAUUCCUCACUGGUUCCAGCAACAACAAGGAGGUGGCCACUGUGGUUCUGACCGGCCAUCGACAGAGCAGCGUUGCAGUGUGCCAUGCGGUGUUUGAUGAUGCAUCGUUGUUGUUGCCACUGCGUUGGCUUGGGACAGUGCCAAAGACAUGA